AUGAAACAGUCUACUGUGUGCCUCCUUCUCGCCGUGCUUCUGUGCUCGUCCGCCGUCGCCGAUGCUUUGGUUUAUGUUUACGCGUCGACCUGUGCGAGAUGCAAAUCGAUCGGAGCUCCGUACUGCGGCUAUGGAACGUUGCGCACCAAGGGUGUGUCCUGCGAUGGACAGACACGAAUUAAUAGCUGCGCGGAUUGUCAACAAAACGGUGGACGAUGCGUUACGACAGGUAUAACGGAGUGCUACAUAUAA